GGCAAAAGCACACCCAGGCGGAACUCUAUGUUGUGACUCUUGUUUGUGUCCGGAACUAUUUUGCAAACGGACAAUGUCACUGCUGAUCAAUGUAGCUAACCUACGCUAGCAAUGCUCUGUUUAAAUCUAGUAAUUUUAUUCAUUCAAUCGUGAUAAAGUGACUGCUCUUGGUAUGCUAACUCGUGGGCAAAAGCGUCUUUGGAAGUACAUCGAGGAGGGCAGCCUGAUGAAACUGAAGUCGUACCUGCGGAAGCACCGGGACUUGGACGUGAACUUCUCCCAGGGAAAGAGGCAGAGGAGCCCGUUGCAGUUGGCUUGUAGCCUGGGAGACGACGCCGUGGUGCGACUGCUGCUCGAACACGGAGCCGAUGUGCUACGAGUCGACAGGAAAGGUGACACGGCGUUACAUGUCGCCGUGAAUAGAGCUCUUAAACACGGAAAAACGGCCUAUGACGAUCUGGUUGUACCUCUCAGGAAGAAUUGCCCGGAGGCCAUGCACGCCUCUAAUUAUGCUGGCGUGACACCACAGGACCUUCUAGAUGGGUUGAAGCACUCAGAGCCUUCUAGAUCCGGCACAAGCGGCCCAUCUCGAGCUGAUCCAGAAAAAGACUGGCUGGAGAAGCUGUUUGGUGAAUGCGAAGAUGAAUUCUACGAAACCUUUGGUGUUUAUGAUGAUGACUACCUUCCUGUUGACGACGACGAGGAGGACUACGGCGACUGGGCCGAUCGCAUCAGAAGAGAAUAUUUCGCAAAGAAGCACGCCGAAGCUCAGAAAAUGGCCGCCUCGUCAUCCGGCGGAAGAAAGAAAAAGACUAAGCGAGAAGACGGAGAGAGCUACAAGGAACUCCACGCCAGGCUACAGAAGGAACACGAGGAAUAUUUGUCUCGCGCCGCGCGUAAAGAGGAAGAAACUCGGCAAGGGAAAAAGCGUCGUUACGAGCAAAUGUGCGCCAACACGUUCAACAGCGGCGCCGUCGAGCUGCUGAGCUACGCCGACAUCCCCUGGCCGGCGCCGCGCGGCACCGUUCAGGAGAUGGUGGACGUCAUGCUGCACGGCGUGGACCGCAAGGACGCGACGGCGUUCCGAAAGGCGUUGCGCCAGCAACAGGCGCUUUGGCACCCCGACAAAUUCGCGCAGAGGUGCGAAGCUCGGCUGGACGGGAAGGACAAGCAACGCAUCCUGGACACGGUGACCGCAUUGUCACAAGAACUGAACAGAUUGGCACAGAGCUUGAAGAAAUAACAGGACAAGGUUCUGUUUUUUUCCCUCUAAUUAAAUUUGUGAUGAUAAAUCUGGAACUUGUCUGACUCUUUAUUUAUGCAAAACAAAAUAAUUACGACUGAUAGUGAAUGCUUAUCUUUCAGUGCCGUUAACAGCCAAUGUGUUUGAUUAGUUCAUCCAUCCUCCGGUGUCCGUGUAACAGCUUCAG